AUGUCUGUUGCAGAACGCUCCGAUUCAGACUACUCGGACGAAGACUUCAGCGAUUUUUAUUCGGGUGCUGCUAAACGUUAUAAAAAAGAAAAACAAGCUGUUUGCCCAACUGGAGAAGUCCGCCUUGUCAAUCAGAAAGAAGAAAAGCAACCCACCACAGAGAGAAAUACAUCAACCACACCAGUCCAUGAGAUUGAUGAUAGCAGUGAUGAAGAACUAUUUAGAGAUCCAAACACUGAGACUCACGAAGUUAGUUUAGAUGAAAGUGAAAUCAUCCAACCCCAAAAACAAGUAGAAACCUUGGAAGACAUAGAACAGUUCAUCAAUGUCACCCCUGAAGUGUCGUUUUCAGAAGAGAGAAAAAUCUAUUCCUCUGCAUCUGUUCAAGCUGUUGAUGAAAUUGAAUUUGAAGAAGAUCCACUUUAUUGCACCCCAUUGAAUGAUUCAGAAUUGAACCCAGUACCAGAUGAUGAUGAAAUAGUGGUGGUUAAAGUACGCUUUAUUGCUCAGAAAGUCUGGAGGAUAGAACUAAAAAGGGCUGAGUAUUUUAAAACCAUUUGUCAGAAAUUAUCAGAAAACACAGGUGUGGAUGCUGGUAAAAUAAAUUUGUAUUUCAAUGAGCAACUUUUGGAUGUCUAUGACAGUCUCAAAACCCGGCCACUCAGGAUCACGGACAUUAUUGAUGCCAUAGUCUGCAGGGAAAACGCUAUGGUCACUCCAAAUGAUAACAUGCUCGAAUUCAAAGUACAAAGUCAGAAUCGGAAUUCGCAAGUGGUGGUGUCGGUCCGUGCUGAAGAUCCUAUGAAAAUACUGAUGCAGAAGUAUGCAGAAGCAACCGGUUGUAACUUGGCGAAAUUAACGUUCAAAUUUGAUGGUGAGUUUUUGGCAGAUAGCGAUACCCCAUCUAGUCUUGAACUCGAAGGUGGAGAAUGUAUUGAUGUUUACGUUAGAGAAUAAUUAAUUAUUAUUAAGUCAAUAAAAAAAAAUUUGCAAAAUUAUUUUAUAAAUAUAUGGUAUGUAUAUAUUCAUUACCGUAAAAAUUGUAAAUGCAUGAAUAAAAAGUCAAAAUUA